CUUCGAUGGCCGACUCACAGUCCAAGGCGUCCAGCCAGGAGUCCGAGCGCAGCCAACUCCGUAUUCCUACCAUCAACACUCGAUCGCAAACCUGCUUAGAGGCAGUCUAUAUUCCAGACCAGCGUGACGAGGCAAACAUUUGAAGUGUGUUCCGGCCUAGACCACCUGACUACAUAUUCCGCCCGUCGAGAUGCUCGGCACUCGCUCACCAGCCUUCCAACACCAGCAACAUGAUUCCCAUCGAAACCGCCCAUUAUGACUGGAUCCUGGCCCUGGCAUCCAUUGCCUUUGUGUUCUGCGCCUUUGGCAACGGCGCCAACGAUGUAGCCAACUCUUAUGCUACAUCCGUUGCAGCUCGGACACUGAAGAUGUGGCACGUCGGGAUUCUAGCAGCCAUCACCGAGUUCAUAGGUGCCGUGGCCCUGGGUGCUCCUGUGACCGAAACCAUCAAAAAUAGCAUCCUGGAUGUGGACCGAUUUGCCGGCCAUCCAGGGGCAUACAUGUUGGCCAUGGGUUGCGCAGAGGUCGGCAGUGCAACCUGGCUGAUGUUUGCCACCAGUCGUGGCUGGCCGGUGUCGACUACCCAGACCAUGGUCGCAUCUCUGCUGGCUGUGGGAUUCGCAUCGCAGGCUCACAUUGACUGGUCCUGGAGCCAUGGCAGUGUUUACCAGAUUGUGGCCGCGUGGGGAAUCGCCCCGCUGGUUUCGUGUGUGGUAUCGGCUCUUGUCUUUGGUACCAUCAAGUGUACAGUUCUUGGGCGCGCGGAUCCUUUCAAGUGGGCGAUGCGUCUGAUUGCAGUGUAUCUUGCGUUCACGGGGGCUAUUCUUGCCUUGUUUAUUGUGAUUGCGGUGCCUACUGCUGCAUCGAUGGAAGAGUUUGGGGCGGGCAAAGCAGCUGGGAUUGUUCUGGGUGUGUUUGUUGGCUGUCUGAUCGUUGCGACCGUCUUCUUUCUUCCUUACUUCCGUCGGGUUCUGGUCCAGCGAGAUGCGCGUGUUCGAUUCUACCAUCUGCCAUUAGGGCCUUGGCUACUCAAGGAUGACUGCCCUCUGUACUGGCCGGCUGGGACGGGUUCUGCUGUCGAGAAAAGCGAUACCCCUCCCACUAAGCAAUCGCACCCGUCGGAUCUUGAAAGCUCCCAGAGCUGUGCAUUAACCCUCCAGACAGUGAAGCAGACACCAAGUCCAGUAGACCGCUUUCUGGCCCCAACCCAGCACCUCACCUGGUUGCAUCCACGGAAAUACUGGUCAUGGACGAAAUUCCUCGUCCUGCAAGGCGUCACCCGCGACGUUCUCACCCACGACUCCGACCACCUCCGUUCCAUCCACGCCAGAGCCCAUCGAUACGACGAGCGGGUCGAAUAUCUGUGGAAAUACUGCCUCGUUCUCUCGGCGAUACUCAUGUCUAUCGCGCACGGAUCCAACGACGUCGCGAAUGCUGUUGCCCCAUGGGCCGGGAUCUACGCCACCUAUCGUGCUGGAGCGGUGGAUACGCAGACUCAUACACCGGUGUGGUUUCUGGUGAUUGCAGGGGUGCUCAUCGGAGCUGGGUUCUGGGUGUAUGGAUACCAUGUGGUGCGGACGCUGGGGAGUGGAAUCACGGAGAUGACCCCGACACGAGGGUUCGCGGUGGAGCUCGGGGCGGGAGCGACGGUGCUGGUGGCUUCGAGAUUGGGAUUGCCGGUGUCGACGACGCAGUGUUUGACUGGGGCUACCACGGGGGUGGCAUUGAUGAACUAUGAUGUUGGGGCUGUCAAUUGGUGGCAGUUGGGGGGAUUGUGUUGGCGUGGGUGGUUACGGUGCCUUGUGCGGGGGUGAUUGCUGGGGGGCUGUGCUUGAUGGGAUUGAAUGCGCCGAAUUUAUAGCAGGUCAGCUGUGGGAGUUUGUCUCCUUAGGUGGUGG